GAGGAGCGUGGUGCUCGUUUCCACGUACACUCCGGUGUCCCUACCACUUUCUUUGCCCACCAAGUGGGCAUCGCGUUCUCGUUACCGUGGUCCACGCUGCACUACUGUUCCACUAUCUCCUCAUUCACUUCGCGAUUCGACGGAGGGAACGCGCGCUUACCUGGCCGACACACGCUCAUCCUUCUUCACGAAUCGGUCACGAAUCGACUCCUAUUUCUUCCCAUUUUUCAUCUUUUCGUCCCUUCGUCGCGGUUCCACCAACAAAAACAAGAAGAACAAGUCUUGGAACGAUCUCCCCUUUCUUUUCCCCCCUUAAUUUCGCGAAAGUGAUGGAAUCGGGCCGAGAGUUUGACCGUCUCCUCCUCUUCGAUCUCUAAAUAUUCUCGAGAAAGUGCGAGAGGAAAAGAAAGAGAGAAAGAUAUAAAGAGUAUAACAAAUUCUCUCUCCCUAUAUACAUAUCUUCCUUAAAUUUUCUGUCUCAUCGUUCGAUCGAUCUUUCCCUAACUCGUCUUUUCAAUCGUAAUUCUCUCUCUCUCUCUCCCUGCGAAGAAAAAAGAAAAAGAAAAUCGUCGCCGACAGAAGAAGAAAGACACGAGGAUCGAGGGAUCGAUGACGGGGGUGGAGAGUUGGUGCGCGAUCGUGGACCAGUGGACGAAGAAGCGGAACGGUGAGAUGAUAAGGCCGCUCGCAGCUUGCUCUGUUGGCGAAAAGUAGGCGAAGAGGAGAUCUCUGCGGAUAUAUCGAACGAGGGCGAACGAGAUCCAGGAUAGAGCGGCGGAUAGAGCGCGUCUAGAGAAAACCCGUCUCCAAUGGUUUUUCUUCCUUCCAUCCGCUCACUUCCACUGUUCCACGUUCUUACAUAAAGGGGAAUUUUACCGACCGCCAGUUAAUGAACCCGGCUGUGCGCGCGUAUAUAGGGAACAUCCGUCGCCGAGUUUACGAGACGAUUAUCCAUCGAAUAAAAAUCACGCGACGUAAAUGAGCGAAACUCAUCGGAGUGGAAGAUCAUCGAGAACGAAAUCCUGAUAAUCGGCCUUAACCGAUCGAGAAAGUUAAUAAUUUCCAUCCCGUGGAAAAUAAGAGGAAACGAUUGAUGAAAAAAGAAAAUAGAUCGAGAAAGGAGGAAUCGGUUUCAACUGCAAGAGGAGAGAAGGGGGGGGGGGAAGAAGAAAGGAAGGAAGAAAGAAAGAAAGAAAAGAAAACGAUGCCAGUUCUAAUCGUGUUCUAAGAACGAAUCGUGUGCAUCCUCGGGAACAAUGUUCGGCCAAGUGACGUGAAACAAAUACUUUCAAGACACAUCGUAGCACACAUCGUAGAUUAACUGUAACAAAGAUUUCUAAACGGCGAUAAACAGAGCACGAAUUAUCCAAUUAUCCUUAAUUGACGUGAAUUUUAACAGUGAAACACAGGAGAACCGAUUUCAGCAACAUGCGUUAUCUCUUUUGUGAUCUCCAACGUGAUAUUCAUAACAUACCUGUAUCUCUCUGAUUAAAUAUACAUGCGUGUUGAGAAAUCUUGAGGAGAGGAGAGAAAAAAAAAGGAGAAAGAAGAAGAAAUAAGGAAAGAAAGAAAGAAAGAAAAAAAGAAGUCACGUUUACAACAAGUUGAUCAUAGUUGUUACGAAAUUAAAAGUGGACGGACCGAGGCAAAGUUUGAAAGAUCGUUGUUGAUUCGCGCAAAUUGUGACACGAUGAAAUUCAUAGGAUCGUUGUUGGGGAUCAGCUCGCCCAAGAAGAUGGGCAAGGAGUACAUGAAGGUGGGGAGGAACGCCCUGUUCGGUGUAAGGACCAGUCAACACGACGGCCUCUACACGGACAAGGUUCCAAGACCUUUGUCCUUCCUCGUUUCUAAGAAUGGGAAACUGAAACACGGUAGAGUGUCAGCAAUUUUCAUAGGAAUUCUGACUCUCGUGAUCGGCAUUAUUUUAAGCAGUAUACCUUGGGUGGAUUACAUUAUAUUAAAGCAACUUCGAUUGUGGAAUGGGUCUCUUUCUUUCCAAUACUGGCAGAAACCAGGAGUAGUUAGAUUGACCAAAGUUUACAUAUUUAACAUGACUAACGUAGAAAACUUCUUGCAAUACAACGAAAAGCCAAAAUUACAAGAAAUUGGCCCGUUCGUGUAUAAAGAGGAUAUGGAAAAAGUGAACAUCGUUUUCCAUAACAAUGGUACCGUAAGUUAUCAACACAAGAAAAUAUUAAACUUUGUACCAGAAUUGUCGAAGGAUAAAGAUCUCAAAGUAAUGGUGCCAAACAUUCCGUUAUUGACACUGUCGACGCAAAGCAAGAGUCUACCUCGAUUUAUCACUUUAGGAUUAUCCAUGUUUUUGAGCGGAAUGCACAUGAAAUCGUUCGUUCCAGUAACUGCUCAAGAACUCGUUUUUGGAUACGACGAUCCAUUAGUCAGCAUCGCCCAUAGAUUCUUUCCAAAGACGAGACGUCCCAUGAGUCAAAUGGGACUUCUUCUCGGGAGGAAUGGCACGUUGGAGGAAGUGUCUACUAUAUUCACGGGGCACACGGAUAUAAGGGAGUUUGGAUUGAUAAAUCGUUUGAACGGGAUGGACCGUCUACCGUAUUGGCCGAACGCGCCUUGCAAUUCUAUUCGCGCUUCAGAGGGAUCCUUUUUUCCACCCCGUGACAAAACUGGCGCUGACAUCGUGCACAUUUGGGACAAAGAUCUUUGUCGAACCUUGCCCUUAAAAUAUCAUGGCUCAACCGAGAAAUCGGGGAUCAAGGCGGAUUUAUACAUACCCCCUGAAUCUGUGUUUGGACGCCCAAACGAAAGCGCUCCGGAAAACGAAUGUUUUUGUUCGGAUGACAUUUCCAUGUGUCCUUCGAACGGAUUGCAAAAUAUCAGUCCUUGCCAGUAUACCGCACCGGUUUAUCUUUCCUUCCCCCACUUCUACAAAGCGGAUCCUAAUUUAUUGGACGCGGUCGAAGGAUUAAAUCCAAGCCGAGAAGUACACGAAACUUAUUUUAAAAUUCAACCAAAAAUUGGUGUGCCUUUGGAAGGGAAGGUCCGGGUACAAUUGAACUUGAAGAUCGAACACCAGCCGUUGAUCAAUGUCGUGUCGAAUUUUCCCGACAUCGUAUUCCCUAUCAUGUGGCUGGAGGAAGGUAUCGAAGAGCUGACACCCUCUAUACGCAGAUGGGUUUAUUUGGCGACAACAUUUAGCGAUGUUGCUGUGCCUUGUACCUCGUAUGGAUUAAUUCUAGUCGGUAUAGUAAUCAUAUUCGUCGUGUUCAUGAAGGCUUACAACAACGUGGUGCUCACGCACGAAGCGAUCGAAUUAGGCAAACGAACCAUAAGAAGAGGUUCCACGUUGUUAAUGAAUGGACAGCACAAAUUAUUAAUAACUCGAGAACAGUAUGUUUUGCUCACGGACAAGGAGGAUAAUGACGAGAAAUCAGGGAUAAUAGAGAUCUAGUUAAUAGCAUAGAUUUCUUUCUUUCUUUCUUCUUCUUCUUCUUCUUCUUUUUUUUUCUUCUUAAAUAGAGAUGUAUGUUACAAAGUGUAAUCUAAAAAUCGUCUUGUAAUGUAGGAUUUGUAAUCGUUUGAUACUAUAGACCAAAGUUUUUUUUCUAAUUACCUGAAAUAUCGAUAUAUAGUAUAUAUAUAUAUCGAUUUCACUAGAGUUUGGCAAAUAUUCAACGAUUACCUGUACGUUUCUUUUUUUUUUUUGUUUUGUUUUGUUUUCUUUGUCUACAACUGUGAUUUCAUCUGUUUUAUUUAUAACGAUGUGUACGAAACAGAUCGUGCUUGGACGAACGAAAAUGGAUAACGAAAGAAUAAAGGAACGAAAGAAACACGUGAGGAGCGAGUGAAUAAAUUUAUUUUGAUUAAUAUUCGAUAUGGGCUAUAUAGGAAUUUGUUGUAACUCGGUUCAUGCACGAUCAGAAUUCGGUGCAAUAUUACAAGUAUUGUAUCUUAGAUAUUAAUUACCAAAACUCAGAGGAAGCAUUAGUUAGAAUAAGAUCUUUAAUUUUUAUCUUUUUAGGAUUUUAAUAUUUCUAAAAAUAAAAUUAGUUAGAAAAGUUUAUGUAAAAAUUUUAAAGAUCUAUUCGAAUGAUUAAAAUAAUGUGUGAAAAGCAUAUAUAAUAAUAUACGUAAUGCGUUACAUUUUAUAACUUGUGACUAAUAAAAUUUAUAUACUCAUAAAAUAUAAUUUUAUAAAAUUUUAAAUAUACUUGAAAACUACUUAAAUAAUGAUCAAAAUUUCUAUAAUUUUAAUUGUUUCUAACGAAAUGAAAUUAUAUCUUUUAUUGUAUUUUUAAACUACUGUAAAUUAUUGUUAUUGUCAAUAAAAUUUAUCGUAAAUUGGUAUUAUAUUACAUAUAUAUUUUGUAACUUACGAUACCUGAAAUGUAAUUACGAAGUAUUUCAAAUCUAUAAUUGAAAAUUUAUAUAUCAAUUAUACACACAACUCGUACACUCGUGUUAGUAAAAUUAUUUUACUAUUUUUUUUUUUAGAUAAAUUUAACAAGAAUCUUUUAAAUAAAAUUUUAUUUAUAGCAUUGAAGAAAUAUGAUUAACUCAUUCAGACAAUUAUUUAUCGUAACUUAAAUUUAAAAAAUUCGCAUUAUACAAAAAACAUUAAUAAAGUUAUAUAUAAUUGCAUUCAGAAUAUUAUUGAACGUGUAAUAAAUUGUAAAUUAAAUGAUUUUUUUUAUAAAAAAAAAUUAUGCUUUAAAAUAUGCUUGACUUGAGCAGAAGUACAUAUUUGGACAUAGCACUAUAUAACAGUAUCACAUUUUAGAUAAAGCCCAGCAAUUUAUGAUAACGCAAAAAUAAUGAUAUAUUUACAUUUUUUUAAUAGACAGUAUGUAUUCGAUAAAUUUUACUAUUUUUUUUUUUUCUAUGCUAUGAGCUAUACAUUAUAAAAAAAAGUGUGAAAUUUAAAUUAUGUUAAAGUUUCUAUGAGAAUAUAAAUAAUACUAAAAUCAUUUAAAAAUUAUUGUACUAAAUUAGAUCAGUUUCAAUAGUUAAAUAUCCUACUGGUGUUAUUUUUGAUACAUUAGUUGAGAAUAUUAGCACGAAAUAAUAUAAAUUUUUGAAAAUUAAUUCUGAAACUAAAAUAUAAAUAUUUUAAAAAAUUCAAAAUAAUAAAAUAUUAUAUUACAAUUUAUCUGAUGCAUGUUAUAAUUUAUCCGAUACUGUCAAAUUUUUUCUAAUUAUUUUCUUGCGAUUUAUAUCUAUUUAAAUCGUGCUUCACAGCAUUUAUUAUUUACAUGCACAGAUAUGUUGUACACAUCCUUAAUAAUCUAAUGAGAUAAAGUUUUUCGGUAAAGAUAUAUUACUUCUAUCGGACAUGUGGACAAUUUAUAGCCAUUCGAAUGCACAGCAAUUGUUCAUAAACAAACUACUAAUAUGUUGCUCUUGCUGUUUAAUAAUUUUAUACAGAACAAAGGUGUUUUAAUUAAGAAUACACCUAUAAAUUAUAGUUAGUAGAAUACACUUUUUUUUUUUCAUUUCUGUUACGAUCUUUUUUUUUUAUAAUUAUUCGUUAUUUUUAAUUCAUUCGAUCUUUAUAUUUAAAGUAUUCAAGCCGACUUUAGCAAUAAUUUAAAAAAAAAAAAAAUUAUA